CAAAAACACAUUAGUGUAUAUUUAUUUACUAUGACCAUGAAAAAUUUCAGCUCUAAAUCAUUCCUUCUAAUGAUACUGCUUUUCCUUACCAUUCUUUCCUCCGGGGCAGAGCUCAAAACUUGCAAGCCAAAUGGCAGGGUCAAAGCUCGAAAAACACCACCAGGUUUCUGCAGUAACAACCCAGAUUGCUGCAUUGAAGGACACUAUUAUCCCACAUACCAAUGCUCGCCUCCAGUAAGCCAAAAGACCAGAGCGAUUCUCACUUUGAGCAGCUUUGAAAACGAGAUUUAUGGGCCAACCAGCUGUAGUGAGAGGUACUAUAGCGAUGAAAUGCACGUUGUAGCGCUAUCGACUGGAUGGUACAACCGCGGUGCAAGGUGUCUGAACAACAUCACCAUUACUGCACCCAAUGGAAAGUCUGUGAAUGCCAUUGUUGUUGAUGAGUGCGAUUCGACGGUGGGUUGUGACGAGGACGAUGAUUUUCAACCUCCUUGUGCUAACAACGUUGUUGAGGCCUCCAAAGGUGUGUGGAAGGCCUUAGGUGUUCCUCAGGAGGAAUGGGCAAAGUUGCCUAUAACUUGGUCCCCUCUCUGA